GUAAUGUUCGUUUAACAGUCGUGGUCGUCUUCUGUGUUCAACCCUAACGCUUAUUCGGCUACACCAUUUUCUUCCGUUUGUAAACAUUUGGAGAUGCGCGCGCAGCUUAAUGAUUUUAAUGCCUUUCUGACGGUUAAAGUCAAGAUGGCAGAAGUGAUGGAGGCCUCCGUCUCUGACAGGAAAGAGGAGGGUGCAGCAGCCAAUCAGGGAGAAGAUGGACCAAAGUUAAAAAGAGCAUCACUGAAAAGAAAGUCGGAGGUGAAAACAAAAAAGCAGAAAAGGGUCCGGUUAUCCAGAUCUCAUCAGCCCGACUACACCGUCCACCAAGGAGAGGACAUGCUCCUGGUCAUAUCCAACGCCUCGUCUCAGUACAUUGGCUCAGGCUGGACUCCCAGGAAGAAAGGAAGCAGAAAGAGGAAGGUGGCUACAGGGAAGUUCAGACCAAACCAGAUGAGGACAAAAAAGACAACCGGUUCCAAACCUAAACUGGAAAAUGGUCCUGCUAAGGAGGACAAUUGGGUCAAGAAACCGUCUGUGUCUCAGACAGACGUGAGGGACAGAUGGGGACAAACUCUACCUGAAGAGGUGCUGGUCAAUAUCUUUCAGAUGGUGGUUGUUCAGGAUGGCGCCGUGCCAUUUUUAUGCAGGGUGGGAAGAGUCUGCCGCCUGUGGAACGCUGCAGCCUCCAGCCCGGUUCUGUGGCGCCGGGUCACCGUGGGUCACUGCUGGGUCGAUCCAGGCAAGAUUCGGCUUCCCAACACUGAGAGGAAGAUUCAGGACACCGUUACCUGGCUGGCACAGAACAGGUUCUCGCAGCUGAGAGACUUUUCUCUCUGUCACUGGAAGAAAAACGCUGACUUCAUGAUAGAGGCGGUGUCACGGUUCUGUCCGCAGCUCCGCUCCCUCCGGCUGUCCUACUGUAAAAGCGUGACGGCCAAGGCCUUCCGCUGCCUGGGUCUGCACAGCCGCUGCCUCCAGAGCAUCGACCUGCAGCAGUCGGAGUUUCAGGUUGAAGGGCUGCUGGAGUUUCUGGAAAAUCACGGGAAGCAGAUCAGACAGAUCCUGUUCACCCACGGACUGAAGAAUGACCGCGUCCUGGCAGCCGUCUCUCGGGGAUGCUGUCCGGACCUGGAGCUGCUGGAAGUCAACAAAAGGCUGGACAGUAAAGACGGGGAACUUCCUGUUUGUAUGCAGCAGCUCCAGAUGGCGUGUCCCAAACUGAAGACGUUCCGGAUGCUAAACGUCAGACCUCUCCAUAAGAUGAUGCGUAACGGCGCCGCUUCAUCGACCGGCUCAGGCUUCCCGCUGCUGGAGGAGCUUUGCAUCGCCACUACAGCGUAUUCCUACAUGACCGACCGGGAUUUGAGGGAGGUUCUGUUCGGAUCCACCAAACUGAGAGUUCUGGAUCUGCGAGGCUGCUCCAGGAUCACGCCUUCCGCUCUGGCAGCGCUUCCAUGUCCCGAACUCGAGUGUCUGUUCUGGGGUCAGUACAGCAGCCAGUUCAGGUCUUCAUCUAUGAUGAGCGGGCUUACCUUGCUGACCCAGAAGUGGGGGCCGACUCUGCAGCAGCUUGACAUCGCUAACCAGCCCUUCACUGAGGAGGACCUGGAGUUAGCAAUGAGUUACCUCACUCAGACAUCGGAGGCAGAAACGUUACGCUUUCUGAACCUGAGUGGGACCAGAAUCACUCCACCUGCCCUCAGGUCAGUCGUCAGACAGAUGACGGCUCUGAAUUAUCUCAACCUGUCAUCCUGCCGUUAUCUUCCAAGAGGAUUGAAGAAAAUUUAUCGCAGCCAAGAAGAAAUCUGUGAGCUGUUGGACAAACUGGAGGGCUUGCCAGAACAGCACCACCUUAUCUUGCAGAGCUUUUAAUAAGGUAGGUUCCUACUCGACCUCUCCACUCUGCAGAGAAGGACUUAUUGGUUGAGCCUAGGUUUAACUGCAGGUUUCGAGGGGAGCACGCCUUUGCAAUACUGAUACCAAGACUGUGGAACAAACUCCCACCAAAUAUUAACUCAUUCGCUGCCAGCCAUUUCCUGAGCGGUAAAGCCCUUCGCUGCCAGUGUUUCUCACCGUUUUUACAGUUUUUUUAAGAGUCAGAACGUUGCGCGCUAGGAUGAUGUCAAAGCCAAAACAAAGUGGAGACUUGCCUCUUAGAUCAGGAAGAAUCCGUGUGUUUCGAGCGUUAUCCUUUCUUUCAUAAUCCGUUGUUGAAUUGUGAUCGGCAGAAGCUUUUCCGGUUCGCGCCUCUCUUUUCUUUUGCAGCAGCGGCCCAAAACGAUCUCCUAACACAUGGAUGUUCCGCUUCCUGAUCACGUGACGUGUGACGCAUGCGGAUGAAGAUCAGCUUUAGAGCUGAGAUGUUUGUUCUCACGGUGUGGGGGCUCGUCCGACGCCCACACAGUAAAAACAUGUAAAUCACGACCUUAGUCGUCAUUGGCAGUGAAUGAGUUAAUAAUAAUUAUCUACUGUCUGGAGUUUUAAAGCUUAAUUUAAGCAAUAUUACAAAUCUAGUAAAUUUGAUACUCUUUUGGUUUUAUUAUUUUUCUGGUAAUAUUCUUGGAUUGUUUUUAUAUUUUUUAUUGUUUGUAGGCAUUAUGUGCAUUUAGAUUUAAUUGUUUUUAUUGCUUUUUAAGUCUUAUGACAUCCAUUUUUAGUGUGGUCUUAUUGUUGUCUCUAAUUUUAAUGUAUAUGAUCUAUGAUGUUAUCAUGUACUGCUCUUGGCUGGUGGCAUUAAGGUGCUUUAUAAAGAAAUGAAAUGAAAUUGAAAUGUUUAUAAAUUUUGCAUGAUCACAGUUUUUUUUCAUAUGUAGAUGGAUGCGAUAGUCCGGUAAAGGGCCUGUAUUUGAUAUAGCACCUUCUAAAGUCAUAUAGGAAACGUUAAACUAAGUUGCAUAAUGAGCUGAACUCAAUUGGAACGUUUACUGUGUGAAGUUACCUGAAAGGCCCGGUUUUCCAUUUAGAGCCAAUGGAUGCAUCAUAGUCUGUCAUGGAUGAAGGUAAAUGACAGACCAGCUUGUAGCCGGGUUCUGUCCUUGCUCAAAAUUUGGACUUUUCAAAACGCUUUUAGCUUUUUCACAGACCUGCUGACCUGUAUGCAACAUGGCUUCAACCCGACGACAGCCUCCCGUGUCACCUUUACUCUCCAUUACAGUCGUUUACAGAGCAGUUUUAUAUGGAAUACCCCGCCUCCUGAAAUAACUUUAAUAAAUGAUCACAGCAGGUUCAAAGCAAAUCUUAAGAAACUGGUCAUACAUAAAGAUUUGAAACUAGAGAAAAGAUCUUGUUACUCUAAUCGAUUUGAAGGAAUUUGUGACGUAUCUGUUGGUUUCUCCGUUGAUUUAUUUUAUUUUUAGUGUUUUAAUAUUUAUUUUACUUUGUUUUAUUAACUGAUACGUCUGUUUUAAAUGUUUUUUUUGCUCUUUUUAUCUUACACUGUAAUAAUGUACAUGCUUUUAUUUUGAGUGGAGCGGACCCCUGGAAGAACAUUCCUCACUACGGUGACGGCGAUCCUUAAAUAAACAAAUGAACAAAG